AUGGUUCGCGUAUUCAUCACAGGGUCGACUGACGGUAUCGGUCAAGCUGCCGCAAAGCUCCUCGCCGAGCAAGGCCACCAGGUCGUUCUCCACGCCAGAAACGCCGAUCGCGCCGCUUCAGCCAAAGCCGCCAUUCCCAAGGCCGCGGCCGUUCUCGUUGGCAACUUAUCGUCAAUUGAAGAGACCAAGAAGCUCGCCAAGGACGCAAACAACGCUGGGCCAUUUGAUGUCAUCGUUCACAACGCAGGCAUCGGCUAUGGCUCGACAGCAUCAAGGGAAAUCACUUCGGACAAGAUCUCAGCUGUAUUCGCAGUCAACACCCUCGCACCAUACAUCCUCACGUGUCUCAUGGAUAAGCCCAAGAGUAGACUUCUGUUCAUGAGUUCAGAUAGUCACUACAGCGGUGAUGAGACUCUCAAGAACGCGACUCAAUCGCACUCUUACGGCAACACCAAACUUCACGACACCAUGCUCGCGAAAGCCUUUGCACGACGCUGGACCGAUAUCCAAGUCCUCAGCAUGCAUCCUGGGUGGGUAAAGACCAAAAUGGGAGGAAGCUCAGCACCAGUUCAAUUAAGUGAGCCAGCCAAGGCAUUGGCAAGCUGGGUCGCUGGUGAAGGAUCCCUGACUAAGGCUACGUCUGGUGCGUUCGUUACAACCAGCGGAGAGAGCAGACCUCAUCCGGGAGCAGACAAUGUGAACAAGCAGGAAGAGUUGCUCGACAUGUGCAAGUCAGUUUCUGGCGUUGACGUACCAGCAGAGUAG